AUGGAACUAGCUGAGAUGAAAGAAAUCCACAGGGACGCUCUUGCUGGAAAAGAAACUAUCAAGUCUAAACUGGCCAAAUUCGAGCAGGAAAUCUUUGGAGCCAAGAGAACACGUGACAAGGCCCUGAAUACAAUGAAGAAACAGGCCGAAAAACAAAAGGACAUCGCGGAAAAGGCUGAGAAGCGAGUCGUGCGUGCCACAUUGCAAACUAUGGAUGACACAAAUGAUCCUCGCAUGCAGUCCAGAAUUGACAAAGACAACUUGGUGAAAAUCUUUGAAUAUGAGGACUCCGUACGAUCAAUCAUGGAUGCUAUAUCCAUCUCCGAUGUUGAGGACAUAUUACAUCGUGUAGUGGACCAACAGAAUACAAGCACACAUCUACAGGAACAGACGGAAUUCUUAGCGAAACAACUCGUUCUUCUGAAAACACGAAAAGCAAAUAUUCUAAAAGAAUUUGAGAGUAUGAAAUAUUCAGGAGAGCGGAAAACAGUAAAUAGUCAGACUCUUGUCAAUAAAAUGGAGAAUCGUUUAGUGGACGAAAUGAAGAGAUCCCAAGUAGUGAGUGAAGACUUGACAAGAAAAGAGCAAGUCAUGGUGAAAACCUGCACAGGUGUUGAAUCUCUUUAUCACAAACUACUAUCCGUUAAACUUCCACCACCCCAAAGGAGUUACGCUGUGGAUGGUGAUGCCUUGGAUCAACUAGGUCUCAUUGAGAAGAAGCUGCAGAUCUUGUUGGAUUUAUUGAAGCUAAAAGAUAGCAACAUCGUAAGGAAAAUCCUUGCCGGUAUAGAGUUCCAAGAAUACAUGGAAAACAUUCUACCAGCAGAAAAUGUUAGGAUUCAAAUUCAGGAAGAAGAAACCUACGUAACAAGUGGAUUGGACUAUGACAGCCAGGAUAACGAAGACACGCUUACACGCGAGGACAUCAAGAAUCGUGGUCAGAAAAUCUUGGAGAAGAAAACACGCAAGCGAGGACGCAAGAGGAAAAACUAA